CUUGAUUCUCUCAAGGACGAAGUGUAGUCGCGAUUGUAGACCUCACAAAUCGGCCAGAACUGGAAGACCUCCCAGCCUUCCAAUGCCCGACGUAUUGAAGAUGGCGCCGCAGCUGCCCUCAGUGCUUUCCUUUUUGCAAAUCCUGAUCCAUACCGUGGCGGUUGCCGCGGGGAAGCCUACUGAAUUCCGGAUUGCUGAACCCAAGACAGUUUGUCCUUUCAACGUCGCCUGGCAAGUAAACCAGGAUCUGUCGGCCCUCGAACUCGUGUACACGAGCAAGCACAGCGCCUUGGCAAGCGUCGGUCAUGGCGAAAGUCAAGUGGACAGCCACUACGAGUGCCUCGCGUGGAUGAGCUUUUACCAUUCAGCGCACAACACGUCGUUGCAUAUCCCAAGUGCGGAUGUGGAGGGCACUGUCUCGCUGGGCGAAGGGGUAGUCGCCAAGGUAACGACUUCGAUUUUCUGGGACCAAGAUCAGAGACUGUGCUUGCUGACUUUGGCCCUCGUUUCGAAUCAGCAAAACUUUUCGUCGGUGCAAAUCUCGGGUCCUACCUCCGACAAGGCGCCCCUUUCUGCACACGUCACAAACAGCACCGAGAUGAACUCACCCAGCUGUGACGGCAAGCCCGGUAUCAAUGGAACCAGAAACGGCGCAAGCGACAGGAUGUUCGUCAGAUUGGGCCUUGCUGUCGAAAAGAAACAGGACGCACCGCCAUCCGCCGCAGGUAACAUUGGGCAGACCCUGAAGCUGGUUUUCAACCUGGUAUGGACCGAUGGAUGUGCUUUGGGCCAUUGGAUGUGCAUGUAUGAUAGGACUGGGGCCUUGUAUUGCCCUAAGCUGUGCGACGAUGGUAGAGUAUGUGGCUAG